AUGAAACUUAUGUCCGCUCAUGACACAAGAACGUUGGAUACGGCGGUCGCCUUAGCAAACGAAAUUACUUCUAAAUCAAUGACGGGUUUGGACGAAACAAAAUUGCCGACGUCGCCGAGUGAACGACUAAAGUUUCAUUUUAAAUUUCCUCUAGUUUCACUUCAUCAUAAUAACCAUCACGAAGGUGAAAAGGAGAUAUGUGGGAAACGCAAUUUCAGCGAGGAAGCCAAUAGCGUUCCAAACAUUCAGGAAACGAUAACUGAAGAAUCAAGGAUGGUGUAUGCUAGCCUAGUUGAAGGGCCCACCUCAGCAAUUUCUACCAUCCAAUUGCCCCAAGAAAAUCCAUCUACUUCAACGAUUCCCAAGGAGACGCGAAACCAAUCGCCAAGAGUUAUUUUUAACUCCUUGCCAUCGACAUCGAGCGAGGUGAUCAUUAACCACACUAUCGAUGACACGCUCUGCAAUGAUGGCAACGAAAUCCCUCUGCCUCCACGGACCACCAAACCAAAACUAGUUGACAAGCCACGACACGUGCGAAAGCACCCACUUCGCUUCCCAAUUUGCUGUGAGCCACAACCUUCUCCGCUUGCAUCUAGGCCAAGACAAGCCCCCGUAAAUACCUACCAAAACAUUUGUACUGUAAUUAAGAACGAAUACUCGGAGGGCCCAGUACGCAACAACCCCUCCAUAAUGGACCCAGCAACCAACCCAUUCUAUCCGUCGUGUGCAGACACUAUUGAGUUGCCGGAUUUAUCAAAAAAUCCUUUCAUGUGCUAUUUAAGUAACUAUGACGCCGUAACGGAUGAGGGGGAAGAUCCUAUAUUCGAAGAAGUAUUCCUUAAAGGUGGUUCUUCUGGCGGCGAGAGGACUAAUCAUAAAGAUCACGUUUCAGUGGAGGAUCUCCUUCAAUUUGCUGAUAGAAAGCCGUCAUCGAAACAGAGAGGGGUGGAAUCUGAUGAAGUUAGAAUCAUGAAUAAGGUGCUAAAGGAGAUUUCACCCGAGGAGUGCCUUGAAGCGUUGGAAUUUACUGAUUGGAACAUACAUAUUGCCAUAAAGUUGCUUAAAAUGAAGAUUGCGGUUGCUGGAUCAGGAGAAACAAAAUUUGAAGAGUUGCAACAGGAAUUAGAAAGUGCGGAUGGUGAUGUACCGAAAGCAGCUGCGGCGUUUAUAAAUUUAAAUAAAAAGGAAGAUGUAUAA